GCUCCGCCAGCAGCCAGUCGGGCCUGAGACCCGCGCCCGGCUGCGGGGCCUGCGCCGAGCGCCGGCGGAGGGCGGGCAGGGUACAGGGCAGGGGAGAGCAGCGAGGAGGAGCAGCGGAGACCGAGCCCGCCGUGUCACAUGAGCUGACAGGACUCGCUCCCGUUCCCGGUCCCCUCCACGCAACAAAGACUCCGGAGCUCCUGUGCCCGCCGCGGGACGGGGCGGGACGGGGCGGGGCGGGGCGGGGCUGCCAUGGGACCCUGAGGGCCGCCGGCCCGCACAGGAUUCUACCCAUUGAUGAUUAAAACAACGCCUGGAGUUUUGGAAUGGAUCAGAUGCAUCAAUCAAAUGUUACUACAUUGCACCCAAAGAGAGGAAUGCCAUCCAGCUGGGGGAGGGCUUUUGAGCUGCUGCUCUGCUGCUGAACAGCAUGCAGUCCUUUCGGGAGCAAAGUAGUUAUCACGGAAACCAGCAGAGCUACCCGCAGGAAGUGCACGGUUCAUCCCGACUGGAAGAGUUCAGCCCUCGCCAGCAGGCCCAGAUGUUCCAGAGCUUUGGAGGAGGUGCUGGUAGUGGACGUCGUGGAGCAACAGGAGCCUCUACAGCGAUGCCUGGUGAGAGCUCUGGCCAUCAGAGCUACCAAGGUUUCAGAAAAGAAGCAGGAGAGUUUUACUAUAUGGCUGCCAACAAAGAUCCAGUGGUGUCAGGAGGGCAGCAGCCACCUCAGCGCAGGCCUUCUGGACCAGUACAGAGCUAUGGGCCCCCUCAAGGGAGUACCUUUGGGAGUCAGUAUGGGAAUGAGGGACAUGUGGGCCAGUUUCAAACACAACAUUCAACCCUUGGGGGUGUAUCCCACUACCAACAAGAUUAUACUGGUCCUUUUUCUCCGGGGAGUGCCCAGUAUCAGCAGCAGGCUUCUAGCCAGCAGCAGCAGGUGCAGCAGCUGAGACAGCAGAUCUAUCAGUCUCAUCAGCCUUUACCCCAGGCUUCCAGCCAGUCUGCUUCUAGCACCUCACACUUGCAGCCAAUGCAGCGUCCAUCUACCUUGCCUUCCUCUGCUUCUGGCUACCAGUUACGAGUGGGUCAGUUCAGCCAACACUAUCAACCACCUUCGUCAUCCUCCUCCUCCUCUUUCCCCUCCCCACAGCGUUUUGGCCAGUCAGGACAGAAUUACGACGGAAGCUACAACGUGAAUUCUGGGUCGCAGUAUGAAGGCCAUGCUGUGGGUUCCAAUGCACAGGCCUAUGGGACCCAGUCAAACUACAGCUUUCAGACUCAACCGAUGAAAAGCUUUGAGCAGUCUAAGCUGCCCCAAAGUGGGCAGCAGGGGCAGCAGCAACAGCACCCACCUCAGCAUGUAAUGCAGUACUCAAACGCUGCCACCAAGCUCUCUCUUCAAAGCCAAGUAGGACAGUACAGCCAGACUGAAGUUCCUGUAAGGUCACCAAUGCAAUUCCACCAAAACUUCAGUCCAAUCUCUAAUCCAUCUCCUGCUGCAUCUGUGGUUCAGUCUCCAAGCUGCAGCUCUACCCCUUCUCCACUCAUGCCAGGCGGAGAAAAUCUCCAGUGUGGGCAAGGCAACAUGUCCAUGGGUUCUAGAAACCGAAUCCUGCAGAUGAUGCCUCAGCUUAGUCCUACACCAUCUAUGAUGCCAAGCCCCAAUGCUCAUGCAGGUGGAUUCAAGGGGUUUGGGCUGGAAGGACUGCAGGAAAAAAGGCUCACAGAUCCAGGGCUGAGCAGCCUGAGUGCUCUGAGUUCUCAAGUGGCCAACCUGCCCAACACAGUCCAGCACAUGUUGCUCUCAGAUGCCUUGGCACCUCAGAAAAAAAGUUCCAAAAGAUCAUCCUCUUCAAAGAAGGCCGACAGCUGCACCAACUCAGAAGGCUCCUCCCAGGCAGAGGAGCAACUCAAGUCUCCCAUGGCAGAGUCCCUUGAUGGUGGCUGUUCUAGUAGUUCAGAAGAUCACGGGGAAAGGGUGAGACAGCUGAGUGGCCAGAGCACCAGCUCAGACACCACUUACAAAGGGGGUAAUUUAGAGAGACCCAACUCCUCACCAGCACAAGGCUCUCAGAAUGAGCCAUCAAAACUCAGCAGCAGCCCUGCAGCUAGGGAAGAUGUGGCCUCCCCUGAUGGGAAGGAAGCUGUGGUGGCUGUGGAAAAUGCCCCAAAAGUGAAUGAAAAGGCAGUUGGGGUGAUUGUCUCCCGGGAAGCCAUGACAGGAAGAGUAGAAAAGUCAAGUGGACAAGAUAAACCUCCACAAGAUGAUGCUUCCACAGCCACUCAGGCACCAGCUAGUGCUAGUGGAACAAAAGAAGCCGGGCAUGCAGGGACACAGCCAGAAACUCAAGUAGGAAGUAAAGGGAGCAAAAGUGGAGAUAACACUAACCAUAAUGGGGAGGGGAACAGCCAGCCUGGUCAUGCAGUUGUUGGGUCAAAUUUUCCUGCAAGAACAGAAUCUUCCAAGUCUCCUGGCAGUUUAAGGUACAGCUACAAGGAUAAUAUAGCAGCUGGUAUACAGAGAAAUAUUGGUGGCUUUCCACAGUAUCCUUCUGGUCAGGAAAAGGGGGAUUUUCCAGGGCACAGUGAGCGCAAAGGCCGGAAUGAGAAGUUUCCUAGCCUCCUACAGGAGGUUUUGCAGGGGUACCACCAUCAUCCAGACAGAAGGUAUUCUAGGAACACACAGGAGCAUUCUGGGAUGGCUGGGAGUUUGGAGGGAGCUAUGAGGCCCAAUGUUUUAAUUAGUCAAACCAAUGAAUUGACCAAUAGAGGCCUCUUAAACAAAAGCAUGGGGGCUCUCCUGGAGGGCCCUCACUGGGGUCCCUGGGACAGGAAGUCUGGCAGUGCAGCUCCAGACAUGAAGCAGAUAAAUUUAGCUGAUUACCCUAUUGCUAGAAAGUUCGAUGUGGAGUCUCAGUCUUCUGCCCAUGAAGGGGGGGCACUCUCAGAGAGGAGAUCAGUGAUCUGUGACAUAUCUCCAUUAAGGCAACUUGUAAGAGAUCCUGGCCCUCACCCCAUGGGGCACAUGGGCCCUGAGGCCAGGAGCGGAAGGAGCGAACGUCUUGCCCCUGGCUUGAGCCAGUCAGUAAUACUCCCUGGUGGUUUAGUAUCCAUGGAAACAAAGAUGAAAGCUCACAGUGGGCAAAUAAAGGAAGAAGAUUUUGAACAGUCAAAGAGCUCUGCUAGUCUCAAUAAUAAAAAAACAGGAGACCACUGUCAUCCUGCUGGCAUCAAGCAUGAAACUUUCCGAGGCAAUGCCAGCCCUGGAGCUGCAGUCUCCGAUGCUGCUCCAGAUUACAUUCCCCAGCAGGACAGCAGAUCGACACACAUGAGACGAGCACCUGGCAGAACUGGAAGGGGUAAAUCACCCUCUCAAUAUCAGGAUCUUGCUGAUAAGCUGAAAAUGUCACCAGGCAGAAGCAGAGGGCCAGGGACAGAUCUGCAUCACAUGAACCCACACAUGACACUGUCUGAAAGAGUUAGCAGGGGUUCCUUACAUUCUGUUUACCCUCAGAAUUCAGAAGGUCCUUCUCUGGCUUCAGCAUAUCACACAAAUGCUAGGCCUCAUGCUUUUGGUGACCCCAACCAGAGUUUGAAUUCCCAAUAUCAUUACAAGAGACAGAUAUACCAGCAACAGCAAGAAGAAUACAAAGAUUGGGCAAGCAGCACUGCUCAGGGUGUGAUUGCUGCAGCUCAGCACAGGCAGGAAGGGGCAAGGAAGAGCCCAAGACAACAGCAGUUUCUGGAAAGAGUAAGGAGUCCUUUAAAAAAUGACAAGGAUGGAAUGAUGUACCUUCAAGGUAGCUCCUACCAUGACACGGGAAGCCAGGAACCUGGGCGCUGUGUUAUGGGGAGUGAUGGUACUCAGAGCAAAUGCACUGAACUGAAACACGGCAACCAGAAGUUGCAGCAUCACGAAUCUGGUUGGGACCUCUCUCGGCAAACUUCUCCUGCCAAAAGCAGCGGCCCUCUUGGAGCAGCCAACCAAAAAAGAUUUUGCCCUCAAGAAAGCGAUGGGCAUCGACGAGACGAAUCUGCAGAUUUGCCCAAGCCUAGCAAUGCUAUGCUCAGGCUCCCUGGCCAGGAAGACCAGUCUCCUCAAAAUCCAUUAAUUAUGAGGAGAAGAGUCCGUUCUUUCAUCUCACCUAUCCCUACCAAAAGACAGCCACAUGAUAUGAAGAACAGUGGCAGUGAAGAUAAAGGGCGACUGAUGCCUUCAGCAAAAGAAGGAGCUGAUAAAACAUACAACUCCUAUGCCCAUUCAUCUCAAAGCCAAGAUACUGGCAAGUCAGUUGCAAAGGGAGAUUCCUUCAAGGACCUGCCAAGUCCUGAUAAUAGGAAUUGUCCUGCUGUUUCCCUCACAAGCCCAGCUAAGACCAAAAUACUGCCCCCAAGAAAGGGGCGAGGAUUAAAACUGGAAGCUAUUGUUCAAAAAAUUACAUCUCCCAAUAUUAGGAGAAGUGUUUCUACCAACAGUGCUGAAACUGGUCCAGAUACUGUCACUCUUGAUGACAUCCUGUCCCUUAAGAGUGGACCUGAAGGAGGAAAUGCGGCUGGACAUGGACCAGAGGCUGAGAAGAGAAAAGGAGAGAUGUCAGAUCAAGUGGGGCCAGCAAGCCAGGAUACAGCUGGUGAAAAAACUCUUCCAAGAUCUUCAGAAGAGUGGCAAAGCAGUGAGGAUGAUAAAAACAAAAAAGAGGUCCCUGAAGCUGCGAGUGUUGGUAAAGAAGGAGCGGGAUCCAGUGCAGCACCACCACCUUCUCAGAAGUCAGGUGGUCAAGGAAGGUCUGAUGGAUCUGUAAGUGGAGCUGGAACUCUGACCUUUUCUGACCCAAAAGCAAUUUCCCCUUCCAGUGUGUUUAUUUCUGAACCAAAUCCAAAGUCUGAGGAAAAAGACGGAGAUGUGACAAACAUUUCACCCAAGCCAGAUGGUUUCCCUCCAAAGGGAUAUUUCCCCUCUGGAAAGAAAAAGGGGAGGCCAAUUGGGAGCGUGAACAAGCAGAAGAAGCAGCAACAGCAGCAGCAGCAGCUGCCCCCGCCCCCACCACCCCCACCAGUACCGGCACAGUCUGCAGAGGGGGUGAGCGCUGGUGAGCCAAAGCCCAAGAGGCAAAGGAGGGAGAGGCGAAAACCAGCAGCACAGCCACGGAAGCGGAAGCCUAGACGAGCUGCUCCCAUUGUGGAGCCUCAAGAACCAGAGAUCAAACUUAAAUAUGCUACCCAGUCUGUAGAUAAAACUGACUCCAAGAAUAAGUCCUUUUUCCCUUAUAUUCAUGUGGUAAACAAGUGUGAAUUAGGCGCUGUGUGCACAAUCAUAAAUGCGGAGGAAGAGGAGCAGAACAAAUUGGUGAGGGGUCGGAAAGGACAGAGGUCUUCAACACCCCCUCCUAGCAAUGCGGAGAGCAAAGUGCUGCCCACCUCAACUUUCAUGCUGCAAGGCCCUGUAGUAACAGAGUCUUCUGUCUUAGGGCAUCUGGUUUGCUGCCUGUGUGGCAAAUGGGCCAGCUAUCGUAACAUGGGUGACCUCUUUGGUCCUUUCUACCCCCAGGAUUACGCAGCUACUUUGCCCAAGAACCCGCCUCCAAAGAGGGCCACAGAAAUGCAGAGCAAGGUCAAGGUACGGCACAAAAGUGCUUCUAAUGGUUCCAAGACAGAUACGGAAGAGGAGGAGGAACAGCAACAACAGAAGGAACAAAGAAGCCUCGCUGCUCAUCCCCGCUUUAAGAGGCGGCACCGCUCUGAGGACUGUAGCGGAGCCUCUCGGUCACUUUCAAGGGGAGCUUCUUGUAAAAAAGCAACCACUGACGGUGGCAGUGGCGGUGAAAAGACUCCUUUGGACUCAAAACCCUCUAUGCCCACUUCAGAAGGUGGCACUGAGCUGGAGUUACAAAUUCCUGAACUACCUCUUGACAGCAAUGAAUUUUGGGUCCACGAGGGUUGUAUUCUCUGGGCCAAUGGGAUCUACCUGGUCUGUGGCAGGCUCUAUGGGCUGCAGGAAGCUGUGGAGAUUGCAAGAGAGAUGAAAUGUUCCCAUUGCCAGGAACCAGGAGCCACCUUAGGCUGCUACAACAAAGGCUGCUCCUUCCGAUACCAUUACCCUUGUGCCAUCGAUGCAGAUUGUUUACUAAACGAAGAGAAUUUCUCAGUGAGGUGCCCCAAGCACAAGCCCCCCCUUCCUUGCUCUCUUCCCUCCUUGCAGAACAAGAUGGUGAAAGGCAGCCUCAGCACAGAGCAGUCGGAGCGGGGGUGAGGGGGGAAGUGUACUCCUGGGAAUGGAUAUAAAAGCAAGCACAGGUUAGGCUGUUGAGAUAAAAAGCGGUGGACAUUCGUGACUGAAUGGAAUCUCUCCCACUGUGCAGCCAUGCCCCCUCUCGACGUGCCUGCCAAUGCCAGCACUUCCUUCAUAAAUUCUUACAUCACACUCAAGACUGAUGACAUCACAGAAUCUGACCAAGGAGUCUGAACCAGCUGUUUCCAUGGACACAAUCUCCAUAGUGACAGUGGGAAGGGGAGGGGGAAAAAGGAAACAGGACAGAGAGAGACAGUACUAUCUGCUGCUUUUUGGUUUCUUUGCCUUCAUCGGUUCUGCCUUCAGUGAUGACCUUCUGAACUGGCCCAGCAAGAGGAAGACCACAAAGGCUUUGAAAAACUAAAGCUUAGGAUUUGUUUGAUGUUCAGAGAUAACGAGCCAAUGACUGGAUGAAUUUUCUGUUCAUGUGAGUUGGUGGUAUUUCACCAGGUCACUGACUUCUUUCACUCAUAGAAUGGUAGCAUAUCCUAGCGAUAUCAAACAGCGUGGUGUUUACUGGGAAGUCACUAGAGAUAGGGAUCUAACCAGCAUGACAUGGAUAAAAAAUGGGGUUGAUAUUGUGGGGAGGGAAGAACUAUUUUAAAAGUUAUGUACUGGAUGCUUGCUCAACUACUCGCAUUUUGGAGUAUUCAGCACAUACAAAUAAAAUCUAUGAUAGCUCAUAUUAAGAUAUCUAUUUUAACUCUAUUUUUAAAAGAUCGAUUUAAAGAUUUGGGAGAUAAUUUGGCAGUUAUUUAUUUCUAGAAGUUGCUACUUUCACUCAUGAGUAUUUGGGAAGAAAGGCAGUCCUCUGCUUACUCCUUUCCUAGUAGCAGCUACUGAAGUUAGUAUGUCCUUUACAUUGAGAAAUAGACCUGUUGUGAUAAAUGUCACUAAUGUGUCCUGAAUUGGUGCUGAAAAUAUUUAACUGCUGGUGUAGUCAGAAAAAAAAUCAUUUUUAGCAUAGUUAAUGUGAUUGAGUAAAUGACUUCUUUUCAACUGAAUAAAAAUUGGUUUUUUUUUCA